GAUUUUUGACUCAUCAAAAGCUGCCACGCAGACCAUUUUAUAGGUCGCCCAAGACUAUCACCCAACCCCUGCUGACGGCUGGAUGCGCUCCCUCGCCAGGAUUCGACCUUUCUUCCCUUCGUUCAGACCCCUUGUAUUCAAGCCCCGGCUGUCACGGGGAUUUUCUUCUUCAAUGGCAGGCAUCACAGUCCACAACUCGCUGAAGCCCGGCGCGCCGGUGCCCUUCGUGCCCAGGGAGGAGGGCAAAGUCUCAUGGUAUGCCUGCGGUCCGACCACAUACGACCUAAGCCACCUGGGCCACGCUCGCAACUAUGUCUCCACCGACAUCAUCCGCCGCAUCCUCAUGCAUCACUUCGGUUUCAAGGUCAACUUUGUGAUGAAUUACACGGAUGUGGAUGACAAGAUCAUCAUCAAGGCGAGGAGAAAACGGCUGCUCGAGCUCGAGAAGGAGAAGCCCUACACCCCCGAACAAAUUCGGGACCUCGUCUUCAAGGCCUUCCGGGCGUAUGCUGAGAGCAACCUCCCUCUCCUGACCGCAGACGGCCAAUCAGCCUUAGACGAGAAUAAUUACCUGGACCGGCGAGAUGCAGCCUACGGCCGUGUCCUGGCGGGUGGCACGCUGUCCGGGGAAGGAAAGCCGAGCGAUGCCGAGGCCAAGGUGAAGAUGCAUCUCAGCAACAUGGACUCGGCAGCCAAGUCCCUGCGGGAUGCGUCCGGGUUUGACGGGGCCGAGGAGGUCCUCCUUCCGUACCUGGACUCUUUGUACAAGGAGACGAUCGACACCAGCGACCAGACCAUCUUCACCAACCUCACACAAGCAAUGGAGAAGGCGUUCAACGACGACAUGCGCGCGCUGAAUGUGCUCCCGCCCGAUGCCGUGACGCGAGUCACCGAGUACGUUCCGCAGAUUGUCAAGUUCGUCGAGCAGGUGAUGGCGAAAGGGUUUGCAUAUGAGGCCAACGGCUCGGUCUACUUCGAUAUCGCCGCUUUCGAGAAGGCCGGGAACACGUAUGCCCGGCUUCGUCCCGAGAGCAAGAACGACAAGGCGUUGCAAGAAGAAGGAGAAGGAUCGCUGUCAAAGAGCUUAGAGGGGAAGAAGCGGCCCGGCGAUUUUGCCUUGUGGAAGAAGUCCAAGCCCGGCGAGCCGUACUGGCCAAGUCCCUGGGGACCGGGGCGCCCUGGCUGGCAUAUCGAGUGCUCAGUUAUGGCCUCGGACAAGCUCGGUGAACAGAUGGAUAUCCAUUCGGGCGGCAUAGAUCUGGCCUUCCCUCAUCACGACAACGAGCUGGCCCAGAGCGAGGCCUACUUCCACGAGUGUGGAAAAGGCGAGCACACCUGGGUCAGAUACUUCUUGCACAUGGGUCAUCUCUCUAUCGCAGGAAGCAAGAUGUCCAAGAGCCUGAAGAAUUUUCAGACCAUUCAAGAUGCCUUGGCGACCACCUACACUGCGCGGAACAUGCGCAUCGUGUUUCUGAUGGGUCGCUGGAAUGACGGCGUUGAAAUUUCGCAGGACAUGCGGAAACAAGCGGAUAGCUGGGAGAGCACGAUCGAUAACUUCUUCACAAAUGUCAAGGCCAAGCUGACAGAGGCUGGGUCGAUGACCGAAGGUGUCAAGAAUCUCUCUUUGACUGAGGGCACCGGGGAUAGCCUGAUCGCAGAGCUCGAACAGGCCAAAACGGACCUUGACUCAGCACUGCGCAACUCCUUCGACACCCCCGGUGCAAUGCAGGUGAUCCUCCGGCUGGUCAAAGAGGCCAACAUACACAUGAACGACAAGUCUGCCCAGCCUAGCUUGCAGGCCCUCGAAGCCGUCGCUAGGUGGGUCACCAAGAUCGUCGGCAUCCUGGGACUCGACGCGAACGCGCAGCCGCCCUACGAUGGGCUUGGGUGGAGUUCCACCAGCGCCGCGGCAGCUGCCAACCUCGACCCUCAAACGGCCGUCAAGCCUUACGCGGGUGUAUAUGCCAAGGUGAAGGCGGAUAUCGAGGCUCUCAACCUCGCCGCCCCAUCAGUUCAGAACCUCCUCCAGGGUCAGACGCCGGACGCCGAGUUCGCCGAGCUGGAGAAGAUCGGGGAGCGUGAUGUGGAGAAGCUUGCCAUGCCGUAUCUCAGGGCAACUUCCCGGCUACGGGACGAGCUGCGCAGCAUUGUGGCGACUCUUGAGCCGGCGAGCAAGCAGGCCGUGCUAGCGCUGAGCGACCGCAUUCGUGACUACGACCUGACCGAUAUAGGAGUUCAGCUCGACGACCAAGCUGACAAGCCCAGCUUGAUCAAGUUUGUGCCGGCGGCCAAACUCAUUGCCGCGCGCGAGGAGAAGGCGGCGCUGCUGGCUGAGAAGGCGCGCCAGAAGGAGGAGGCUCGAAAGGCAAGGGAGAAGGCAGAGGAGGAGAAAUGGGCCAAGGCCAAAGUGCCCCCCCAAGAAAUGUUCAAAGGAGACCCCAAGUAUCAGGAGUGGGAUGCUGAUGGGCUGCCCACCAAACUUGCCGACGGGACCGAACUGCCAAAGAGCCAGGCCAAGAAGCUAAGGAAGGAGUGGGAGCGGCAAGCGAAGCUACACGAGGAGUAUCGUGUCAAGUUCGGGAUCGGGAAAGAGUAGGGGCCUCUCGUACCGUCUUGGAGAUUAUCACUUGAUUGAGUAUCUGCGAGGCAAACCUGGGUUGGCAUUAUUUCAUAUUCGGUGCGCAAGUGAUGGAAGAUGGUUUCCAAUAGAUGGAAGAUGGUUCCAAUAGAUGGAAGAAAAGUUGGUAAGUUAUAAAUAGUUCAAAAGUACGAUGUCCUCUUCCUAUAUUGGCUAGCCCUAUUGGCUCUAUAUAAGUAGAGGAUAGGAAUAAAGAACACUCCGUUUGCC